UCUAUUUCAGUGGGCCUUUUUUCUUUAUCUUUCCAGUGUAUCCAUCGAGACUUGGCUGCAAGAAAUGUUUUGGUAACUGAAAAUAAUGUCAUGAAAAUAGCAGACUUUGGUUUAGCCAGAGACAUCAACAACAUAGAUUAUUAUAAAAAGACUACUAAUGGACGGCUUCCAGUGAAGUGGAUGGCUCCAGAAGCUCUGUUUGACAGAGUUUACACGCAUCAAAGUGAUGUUUGGUCCUUUGGUGUGUUAAUGUGGGAGAUCUUCACGUUAGGAGGAUCGCCUUACCCAGGAAUCCCAGUGGAGGAACUUUUUAAGCUGCUGAAAGAAGGGCACCGAAUGGAUAAACCUGCCAACUGCACCAAUGAACUCUAUAUGAUGAUGAGAGAUUGCUGGCAUGCUGUGCCUUCACAGAGACCGACUUUCAAACAGUUGGUAGAAGACUUGGAUCGGAUUCUCACUCUCACAACUAAUGAGGAGUAUCUGGACCUCAGUGGACCUCUCGAACAGUAUUCACCUAGUUACCCUGACACGAGAAGUUCGUGUUCUUCAGGUGAUGACUCUGUUUUUUCUCCCGAUCCAAUGCCUUAUGAACCUUGUCUUCCCAAGUACCAACACAUGAAUGGAAGUGUUAAAACAUGAAAAGAAAUCAUGCAGAGGAGUAAAGAAACAAGAACAUCAAGCUACCUGACACAUACAAAACAAGAAUCUUUUCUCCAGGACCUUAAUGUUUCUGCUUGUACAUAUGAAAUAUGGGGGAAAAAA